AUGGGAACGGUCAAGCUGACCCCGGAGACUGGAGUCUGGAGCAUCGGGCGUGAUGGUGACGGGCUCGAUGCGCUCACCUCCCCUCUACCCCGCCUCCACGCCCGUCCCAUCCCCGGGAGGGUCACGGAGUUUACAGAGUACAAUGCUUACAUAUCUGCUCUGCUGCAACAUCAGGUUAAAUCUUCCUUACAAUAUCUCAUCGAAAAGAAGUUAGAGUUCGAGGACAUGGAGCGGCUGCAGAAAGGGAAGAUUUCCGGAGUUCGGGAACAGUCACGCAAUCACCAGUCCUUCAUCGCAUCCCAGUUUGUUGAACUGCGCCAGAUUCUCACCGAGAAAGAGCAGCGCUUUCUCCGUGAUCUGCGGGAAAACGAGGAGAGGAUUCUAAAUCAUAUGGAGGAAAAUCUUCGAAUGAUUCAAGAGAAUUUAAAUUCAAUUCACGAGGAGCUCUCCCGAUUACAGGAACACGCGGAUCAAAAAGACAGCCUGUUAUUUCUGAAGGAGGAAGCUGACUGUGAGAGGAGGGUUAGAGAUGAUGACUGGCCAUUGUCAGUGAGAGAUGAUUCCAUACCGUUUGAGAAUUUCAACCAUCUCUUUCUGUUGGAGACAGUUUUGAAGGAAAUGUUUGACUCCAUCGAGCAAGGUAAAGCAUGUAGAUUACUUCCUGACCAGGUUAAAUCUUCCUUACAAUCUCUCACCAAAAAGAAGUUAGAGUUCGAGGACGUGGAGCAGCUGCAGAAAGGGAAGAUUUCCGGAGUUCGGGAACAGUCACGCAAUCACCAGUCCUUCAUCGCAUCCCAGUUUGUUGAACUGCGCCAGUUUCUCACCGAGAAAGAGCAGCGCUUUCUCCGUGAUCUGCGGGAAGACGAGAAGAGGAUUCUAAAUCAUAUGGAGGAAAAUCUUCGAAUGAUUCAAGAGAAUUUAAAUACUAUUCAGGAGGAGCUCUCCCGAUUACAGGAACAGGCGGAUCAAAAAGACAGCCUGUUAUUUCUGAAGGGGGAAGCUGACUGUAAGAGGAGGGGUAGUCGGGCCUUGUCGAGACUGUCUGAGAAAGCUCGAACACUGAGCCUGAAAACGGAAGAGAAGGAAAGUAAACUUCACUGCGAGGAACAUCAGGAAGAACUGAAGCUGUUUUGUGAAACUGACAAGAAACUGAUCUGCCUGAUCUGCCGAGACGCGCGGGAACACAAGACUCACAACUUCAUGCCGAUUAAAGAAGCUGUUGAAAUGUUCAAGGACCAGGUUAAAUCUUCCUUACAAUCUCUCACCAAAAAGAAGUUAGAGUUCGAGGACGUGGAGCAGCAGCAGAAAGGGAAGAUUUCCGGAGUUUGGGAACAGUCACGCAAUCACCAGUCCUUCAUCGCAUCCCAGUUUGUUGAACUGCGCCAGUUUCUCACCGAGAAAGAGCAGCGCUUUCUCCGUGAUCUGCGGGAAGACGAGGAGAGGAUUCUAAAUCAUAUGGAGGAAAAUCUUCGAAUGAUUCAAGAGAAUUUAAAUUCUAUUCAGGAGGAGCUCUCCAGAUUACAGGAACAGGCGGAUCAAAAAGACAGCCUGUUAUUUCUGAAGGGGGAAGCUGACUGUAAGAGGAGGGUUAGAGAUGACCAGCGGCCAUUGUCAGUGAGAGAUGAUUCCAUACCGUUUGAGAAAUUCAACCAUCUCUUUCUGUUGAAGACAGUUUUGAAGGAAACCUUUGACUCCAUUAAGCAAGUCUCCGUCACCCUGGAUGUGGAAACGGCGCAUUCGCAGCUCGAGGUGUCUGAGGAUCGCCUUCAUUGCCAGCGCACUGUAGCGCGCACAGGAGACAUUCGCGCUGCUUCAGCGCUCACGGGGAACACGAGGAAGUUCCCGGAAUUAAAAUGGCUUCGAAAGCUCAGUUGGACUGAAGACGCAGUUUGUCCCAUCUGCCUGGAUUUCUUCGCCGACCCGGUUAUACUGGAGUGCGAGCACAACUUCUGCCGCUCCUGUAUCACACGGUGUUGGGACGGGGAUGGGAGAAACUCCUGCCCGGAAUGUAGAGAGGAGUUUGCUGAGAGCACCCUCAGGGUGAAUCGGGCCUUGGCGAAUAUGUCCGAGAAAGCUCGAACAGCCAGCCCGAAAGUGGAAAGGGAGGAAAGUAAACUUCACUGCGAGGAACAUCAGGAAGAACUGAAGCUGUUUUGUGAAACUGACCAACAACUGAUCUGCCUGAUCUGCCGAGAUUCGCGGGAACACAGAGAUCACCUCUUCAUGCCGAUUAAAGAAGCUGUUGAAAUCUACAAGGAGCAGAUUAAAACAUCCUUCGAGACUCUCACAAAAAAUGAAUCAGCGAUGGAGGAAAUGGAGCAGCAACAGAAACAGAAGAUUUCUGGAGUUCGGGAACAGUCACAUGACAUGUUGACCCACAUCACAUCGAUAUUUGCUGAACUGCGCCAGAUUAUCGAUGAUAAAGAGCGGCUCUUUCACCAGGAACUCCGGGAAGAAGAGGCGAGCGUUCUACACCCAAUGGAGAAUAACCUACGAGCGAUUCAAGAGAAGUUAAACUCUAUUCGAGAGCAACUCCUAAAGAUAAAGGAGCGGAUGAACCAAACGGACAGUUUGAUAUUUCUGAAGGAGGAAACUCGUCAGAAGAGGAGGGUGAGUGAUGAAAUCCAGAGGUUGUCAGUAGCAGAUGGAUCUCUCGCCGUUGGAAAGUUCGAUCACCCAUUUUUGUUGAAAACGGUGUUCAGCGAAGAUGUCGAUGGCAUUACGAAAGUCUCCGUCACCCUGGAUGUGGAAACAGCGGGUUCGCGAGGGGUUCGCAUCGGGGAGACAUUACUGGGAGGUGGAGGUGGCGAGGAGUCGGGACUGGAGUCUGGGAGUCGCCGCAGAGUUUGUGGAGAGGAAGAAACUGGUCACACUGACCCCGGAGACUGGAGUCUGGUGCAUCAGGCGUUGGGGGGAUGA